AGGGAAGUUGUCGCCUUUCCUGCGUCAUGUGUCUCACUGGGUUUUCCAUUUCCCCGGAUCGCCGCUUCUACGAUGAUGCUGCCAUCGCCGAUAGGGCUGCCCGCGACUCGAAGGGUUCCUGAUCGACUUCGCCGGUUGUUUCGAUUAUGUUCUGAAGAAUCACGCGCGCAUUCUAGGGAUCUCUAGAAACGCGGGGAUGCGGCAAAAUUGUUGAUCAACAUCCAUACAUUCGUUGAUGCUUCUUCGUCAUCCGCAGAUCAUUACCGUUUUGGUUGACAUCAGCAUGACCGAUGAUCGAUGGCGUAAUUAUCUGGUUAUGCAGGUACCAGGAAGAUGUCCCAAAAAGGAAAUCCGCCUAUAUCCCAACAACCUCCACCAUACGCGCAAGCAUCCUAUAAACGGUUUUCUCAACGACACUUCGACCCUUGCGCAGCUGAGGGGCAUCGAUAUUUUUAGGCGAGCCGUUGGAGAUGUUCAUGCUGGAGUGGGUUCGCGUUCCAGCCGAAUGUUGCAUGUCAUCUUCAAAGUGGAGAUGUUGGGAGGGAAAUACAAGAUUCUUAUGAGCGUGAGACUCCAGCGAGAUCCAUGGUCUUAUGGUCUCCAUAGCGGCCGCAGUGGAGCAGCACCACACCGCCCAGCCAUCUCCUUUUUCUCGACUCUUCGUUGGCCGAUCGCCAGUGAUUCGCGGACUAAUGCAACCUUUUCCCGAGACGGCAGGUCCUUGGCAGACGCGCGGAUCCGCAACGCUGCUGCUGCACGUGUCGGCGUAAUGUGCGGCGUCUCCGAGACACUUCGAAACAAAAGACGUCGAAUUUUCAGAUGCUGGCAAGACGUUACUUCAGGCAAUGAGUAACGGCAUGUGAAUCGCCGCAGUACCUUCGCAUCAAAACCCUGCGCCUUCCACGUGCGCGAUAUUCCGACCCGUGCCGGUUCGCCGAGCGCGCUCCGAGGUAGCGAUUCGGCUAUGUACUGCCCUCUUCUCCACAUCUCCUCCUCUCGACGGUGAAGCCCAACCCAAGCCAUCUGCAAGGGCAGCGAGAAAAUGCUCCUCACGAUCCCCCGUUCAAGGUUGCAUU